AUGUCAAUUAUCGAUCAACUUCUAAGCAUCAUGGUACGAGGAGACUCUCUCGUUGAAGACUUACAAUUCCUGGUUAAUAAUUCACGUUAUAGUGAUUUAGAAAUUAAAUGCAAGGAUGAUGUUAUUCUUUAUGGAAACCGUGCGAUCCUUGCGGCCCGCUGUGAUGUAUUCGAUAGAAUGCUCUUUACAAGAACAGAAAAAACACCCGGCAAGCAAGUCGCAUUUCCAAAAAUAGAAGCAUCGACCAUGAAGCAUAUUCUCAAGUAUUUGUAUACCGGAAUCAGAGUCAAAAAUGAUAUCACGACUGAUAAUGCUUUCGAAAUUUUACAAGCGGCAGAUUUCUUUCAAUUAAAAAGCCUUCGAGACUAUAUUUUAGAAUAUUUCAAAAAUAUUUGUGAGAAAGAAGAUGAAAAUCAAGUACCCGAAUUGUUAUCCAGGGCAGUUGAGCUGGAGCCACCUCUGGCGGAAAAUGGAGUUGUUGAUCACUUAAUCGACUCAAUGGCCAAGGUUUCUAUAGAUUCUAUUAGGAUUGAUCGAUUGUCGCUUAAAGGUUUGCAAUGUUUGUUAUCUAAGAGAAACGAGAAGAAACUCUUUGUGUCUAGCGAGUACUCCGUUAUUCGAUUUGCGAUCCUAGCAGCUGCAAAACAAGUAUCUCAGGAAGCAUUUAAUAUAUUGGAGAAAAAGUUACCAAUAUGGAGGGAUAUUGGAAAACUACUUCAAUCUGUCGACAAAAACAAAAAUUUGAUCGAGAAAAGAAUUAGCGCAUCGAUUGUUGAUUCAUUGAGGCUUGUCAUAAAUCACAUUGAAUUUAGAAGGGUUGAUGGAACAAUUCUUUCAAAAUUAAUCGAGCCAUUAAAUAUUGUCCCGAAAGAAAAGAUAAUGGAUUCAUAUAGUUUUCAAUUCAGUAAUAAAUCUCCACGGUCAGCAUAUUACGGCGUCCCUUACAUGUGGGAUAGAAAUGACCGUGGUCCGAAUUUAACUAUUGAUAAAAAUGGAUACACAGUCACAGCGAGUACAACGAAACAUCAAAGUGUGAAAACUGUUCAUCUCAUGAAUAGUGGGUCCUAUGAAUUUCGUGUUCUAAUCGAAAAAUGGUGUAAUAACUUAUCCAUUGGCGUUUGUGGUGAAGGCAUCGACUUUUCUAAACCAGCAGGAAGUCAAACUUGUGGAUGGGUUUUAGGCUCAGAUGGAUAUUGCUAUAAUAAUGACAAGUAUCUCUCUGUAACACCAUCUUUUAAGCGGGAUAACGUAAGAGUUAAUGUGUACUUAAACAUGAAUUAUAAGAAGGUUGAGGUUACAUUUUCUGUUGACGGCACAAAAUACUCACCGAUUACAUCGUGGAAUGAUCUUCCAUUAAGCCUCUAUUUUGUUGUUUCGUUAACUAAUCCAGGAAAGAUCAAGAUUUUAUCACCGGAUGAAUGA